AUGCAUGAAAUAUUGACUCCAACUAUUGGUGAUGAAGAAAUUCCAAAACUAGUCGAUAAGAUUUCAUUAUUAUCAUUACAAGAUUUAUUAUCAUUGAAAAAAAGAAUCGAAUUACAAUUAUCGAAGGAUGUAUCGUAUUUAGAAUCUCAAAAUAUUGAUAUGAAUUCCAAACUUAUUACGGAAGAUGGAUAUCCAAGACAAGAUCUCGACGAUAUAGUUCAAAUUACUCUAACUAGAAGAGAUAUUAUUCAACGUCGGAAUGAUCUAACAGCUGUAAUCAAUCGAUCCCAUAUUCUAUUAGAAAAACAAUUAUCUAAAGAGAAUAAGUCACAAGAAAAGGAUAUUACAAAGUCCUCUACACCUUUCACUAAUCAUAUACCCUUUGCCAUCUUUGAAGAAAUCGAUAUGAAUGGACCCAUCGGCCAAAGUGGUAUUCAAAAUGGAGAUACUUUAAUAUCAUUUGGAUCUGUUACAGUUAUUAAUGGUGGAUUACAGGGACUUUCUAAAGAAGUUUCCAUUGGGAAAACUAUACCAAUUAACAUUAAAAGAGAUGGAAUAUCGUAUACUUUUAAUGUGACUCCGAAUAAUCAAUGGGGUGGUCGUGGUUUAUUAGGUUGUAAACUAACAAAAUUAUAA